AUGGCGAAAUACAUUCUCUCAGCUGACCCCCAAGCUGGCUUGCCAAGUGAUCCCGGAAGAUGUCUAUGUUCAUCACUUCUUCCAAUGCCAAAGGACUACAAAAAUGACGAACAAUCUACAACUACUAUACACGGAACUAAUUGGAACCGAGACCCAAUGGAACUUUCAAACUCUCAACUUUAA